AUGGAUAACGCUGAUAUAAAACCAAUUAUAAGAUACCUUGUCAAAAAGAAAAUGCUUACAUUCGAGAUUAUGGAAGAUUUAGUAUCUACUUUGGGACCAAAUGCACCUUCCAGGCCGACCGUGAAGAAAUGGGUUAGGUUCUUUAAAAAACGUAAAGAAAUUGAAGAAAAAAACAAGAAAAAAGCUGACCAAUCACAAGCCCAAUUUCAGAAGAAAAUCGACAAGAUUUUCUCAAUGGUUUUAGACGACAAAAGAUUGCAAUGCCGAGAAAUUGCUGCAGAUAUGGGAAUGAGUGAAGACAACAUCAGCGAUAUUUUAGAGAAUAUACUACAAAUGAAGAAAUACUGUUCAAGAUGGGUUCCACAAUAUCUUUCCAGAGAACAAAAGUUGAUCAGAGUGCGUUUUGCUAAGAAAAGUUUAGUGCAUUUUGAGAACGGCAGCAAGGAUUUUAUGGAGAAGUUUAUCACAAGUGAUCAAACUUGGAUACAUUUUAACGUUCCACUUGGUGAACCUGAAGAAAGUGACGACUCGAAACAAUCAAGUGAUGUGUUGCCAGCCGAUAAAAUGACUACCACAAGACACGACUACCGUUCUAUUAAUAUCAAACCCUGCAAUCCAACCACCUACAAGCCCAAAGAAAGAUACACCAGACCCCAACCUCAUACAUUAAAAGAUAUGCAUUCUUUAACUGAUUAUAAAUGCCCGUGUGUUCCAUUUACCCUUUAUCAUAAACCUAAGGAAAUUCUUCAAACUAAUCCAAGGAAUAUUCAACAAAUACAUGAAACACUAGAAGACCACGAAAGGGAAGAAGUUCAGCGAACACGUCCUCGCGUCUGUUUGUCCCCGGCAAUAGCCUUGGAUGACGUCGAAGAAUCGGCCCGUCAUGUGAUAGUGACCGACAUGUACACAACGUCAGCUAUGCAGGCUACGAAGGAAAGUGUGAUGAAGACAUUAGCCGCAACUAAAGCCAAUAAAGCACCGCUAUCGAAUGUGUACGCGCCGCCUAAAAUGAUCACAUUGCCUCACCUCCUAAAGUUACCAUACGUGUCUCCGGAGUGGCGCAUGGACUCAAUGUCGUUCGACGCGAGACAGUUGCGGACCGACUUUGACCGUACCGAGGCCUUCUGGUUAGACCACAAUUCCACUUGUGGAGAAUGCAAGGACACAGCAGCACGGAAGGCACGACAAAACUUAUUAACACCGUGUUAA